AUGCCUGUUCCUGUGAAACAUAAAUGUCCAAAGUGUGGUGGUGACACUGAAGAACGAAAUGACUUGUGUAUAAAUUGUGAAUUGGAAGAAAUGUACAAGAAAGAGAGUGGUGUUAAAAAUAUACCAACUAAAAAUAAUGUAGAAAAACUAACUGAAAAUAUAGACCAUUGUACUUUAUUACUCCAAGGAUUACCUAUUUCCAAAUUAAGAAAACGCAAACAAAAUGUAAAAAAUAAGCAAAAAAUACAACAAAAGCUUUUAAAUCACAAAAGAGCAAAACAAUUAGAAAUGGAUAUGGACAUUACUGAUGAUUUUGUUGGUGAUGACCUUCUGUCCAAAAGAAGAGAAAAACGAAAAAUAAUUGAUGACAAUUUAGUUGGUGUCAAAAAACAAAAAUCAACUUAA